CUAUCACGAUGAGGCAUCAACAGGUGGUUCCGGACUAUUCCGCGAUGGUGCAAACAUCCGGUACGGUGCUAUGUUUGGUGUUUUCCGGUUGGGUCCUGUUUCGGUUGGUCCAAGCGGUAUUCUGGCUGCCGAGCUAUUUGGAGAAGACCCAGGGCAAACUGUACGAGAGAAUGGAGCGGAAAGAUGUGAAAUCUGCUACGAAGAAGACCAAGGCCAAGGACUCGGACGCGGAAGAGGAAGAUGGUGAUGACGCAUUGGAGCAAGCAGCUAGGGAAGAGGAGAAGGGAAAUGACGACGCAAAUGAGCGCGAGAAGAGCGACGGCGGUGAUAUAGAUUCGGGGAACAAAAAGGAAAAUUAGGAAGUGCUGUUUAU